GGCCCUUCCCGCAACGAGGGCGGGCUGGCGAGGAGCGCGGAGUGACGCUGACUCUCUAGGGGUAGAAGGGGUAGACGCGGCGCUCAGCCCGCACGGAAACGGAAGCGGAGGAAGGCGCGGAGAAGCCCCCGCUAGAGACAGUCUUUUCCGAAAGGCGACUGCAGGAGAGUACGCGCGCACACGGUAGUUCCGCACUCGCCCUCCUUGACCACGCCCGCCCGCGGUCCCGCCUACUCCCCGCCCCUCCGACACUCAGGCCUCGCCCUCAGUCUAAAAUCGCGCUGCCGCCGGAGCGGACACCACUGCAAGCUCCAGCAGCUGUCCUUCCUAAGCUACCGCUAUCGGCGUUGCCCUCGCGCACCCUCCGCCCGCAGACAGCCUCCGCCCGCAGACAGCCUCCGCCCGCAGACAGCCAGCGCCCGGUCUCUCGUGUUCUCCUUGCGGUCCGGAUACAUAGUAUGAUCUUUAGGUGUUUGGUCUCCCAGCCAUUUUCUAUGGAAAACCAAGGAGACCAGGCCAUGAUAGCCACUGGCAGCUUUGAAGAACAAGACGCCUUUAGAGAAGCUUGAUCUUGAAGGCCUCAGCCUGAGACCUUGCAAAGCCAGAUUCUGGCAGAGCUCCUCUAUCUCGUCUUGCUGAUUGAAGGUGGUACACCCUUCUCUAGUUUUUCUCCAUCCCCUGAGAGGUAGAAGAAAAUCAGAAUCAUGGUUGGAUUCAAGGCCACGGAUAUGCCCCCUACAGCCACCGUGAAGUUCCUGGGGGCUGGCACAGCUGCCUGCAUUGCCGAUCUCAUCACCUUUCCUCUAGACACCGCUAAAGUCCGCCUACAGAUCCAAGGAGAAAGUCAGGGGCCAGUGUGCGCUGCAGCCAGUGCCCAGUACCGAGGUGUGCUGGGCACCAUCCUGACCAUGGUGCGCACUGAGGGCCCUCGAAGCCUCUACAACGGGCUGGUUGCCGGCCUGCAACGCCAGAUGAGCUUCGCCUCUGUCCGCAUCGGCCUCUAUGACUCUGUCAAGCAGUUCUACACCAAAGGAUCUGAGCAUGCCAGCAUUGGGAGUCGCCUCCUGGCAGGCAGCACCACAGGUGCCCUGGCUGUUGCUGUGGCCCAGCCCACAGAUGUAGUAAAGGUCCGGUUCCAAGCUCAGGCCCGAGCUGGAGGUGGUCAGAGAUACCAGAGCACUGUGGAUGCCUACAAGACCAUCGCCCGAGAGGAAGGAUUCCGGGGACUCUGGAAAGGGACCUCUCCCAAUAUUGCUCGUAACGCCAUUGUCAACUGUGCUGAGCUGGUGACCUAUGACCUUAUCAAGGACACUCUCCUGAAGGCCAACCUCAUGACAGAUGACCUCCCUUGCCACUUCACCUCCGCCUUUGGGGCGGGCUUCUGUACGACCGUGGUUGCCUCACCUGUCGAUGUGAUCAAGACGAGAUACAUGAACUCUGCCUUGGGCCAGUACAGCAGUGCUGGCCACUGUGCCCUUACCAUGCUCCAGAAGGAGGGGCCCCGAGCCUUCUACAAAGGGUUCAUGCCCUCCUUUCUCCGCUUGGGGUCCUGGAACGUGGUGAUGUUUGUCACCUAUGAGCAGCUGAAACGGGCCCUCAUGGCUGCCUGCACAUCCCGGGAGGCUCCCUUUUGAGCCCCUCCUGCUGCUGACCUGACCACCUCUGGCCCUAGCUUCACCUCUAGCCAGUGUUUCCCUUUCCCUACUCCCCUUCCUUCUUCCCACCACCUCCCUCUUCUCCCCAUUGGCUCAGUGCUGAUGGAGCUGACCCUGUCUGAUCCAGCCAGGACCUCAAACCCUCUGUCCCUUGAAAAGUUGAGACCAAAUCAUUCUGACCUCCAUCCCAGCCCAGCCCAGCCAGCCAGUCACCCAUAAAACAAGCUCAAUCAUG